GAAAUGACAAGGAAACUUCGUACCUACCAGCGAGCUUUCGAUCUAUCUAUCUGCUACCAAACCAGGUCAGCCAAGGAUCAAUUGACGCGGAACCGAAGGGGAGCAGGCGCCAAGACUUCCCCGGGAGAGUAGUUCAGGACGCUGGUCGUAUAUCAGUUGCACGUUCACUUAUGCUAUGCACUUAUUGACUUAAACUUGCACUGUUGCUGCAUCGCUGCAUAGACAUAGUGCAUCUGCCCCUGCAGGCUGCAGCUUCUCAGUCGUACCGACCUGCAUGUACUUCAUAUCUACCCGGUGAGCAGCAUACAGAGACCUUGAGGUUCAAUCUUGGAUGCUACCCCUUCCAGAUGUGAGAAUACGAUAUGGCAAGAAUGUCCAGACUGAGAGCCGUACUGAUAGACCUUAGUGGGACUAUUCACAUAGAGGAUGCUGCCAUACCAGGAGCUGUAGCAGCCCUGAAGUGUCUGCGAGAGAAAACUACAAACAUCAAGUUUGUAACCAAUACUACCAAGGAGAGCAUGGCGAUGCUUCACAGCCGUCUCACAAGGAUUGGCUUCGAUAUCAAACAGAAUGAGAUUUUCUCUUCCCUUACUGCUGCAAGAAAUAAGAUCAAAGAAAUGGGCUCUAGACCAAUGUUACUACUUCAAGAUAGUGCAAAGGAAGAUUUCAUAGAUAUUUGUACAGAUGAUCCAAACUGCAUUGUGGUAGGCCUAUCUCCUGACAGUUUCAACUACAACACAUUAAAUCAAGCAUUCAGAUUGAUUCUUGAUGGUCAUCCCCUCAUUGCGAUUCACAAGGCCAAGUAUUUCAAGAGGCAUGAUGGGUUAGCCCUCGGACCAGGAGCAUUUGUUGAAGGGCUAGAGUACGCAACAGGUAUCACAGCUACGGUGGUGGGCAAACCAGAGAGGGCGUUCUAUGAGGAGGCUCUGAAAACGAUGUCUUGUGUUCCUGAAGAGGCUGUGAUGAUAGGAGAUGAUGUAGAAGGUGAUGUAGAAGGAGCACAGCGCAUAGGCAUGAAAGGCAUCCUUGUGAAAACAGGUAAAUACAGAGAAGGUGAUGAAGAGAAGAUAGCUCAACCUCCGACGGCGAUAUGUCAGGACUUUCCUGCUGCUGUUGAACUCCUGCUGAGAGAUUACUUAUGACACGAUACCUUGUGAAAUAUCUACGUUUUCAUCAUAAUCACUAAAAAUUAUUAUUGUGCAAUCUGGUGCUAAAGAAUGCAAGUAGGUCCCUGGAUUGUUAUUGUGGCUGCCUUUUGUAAGUCUUUAUGCAGAGGAGUUUCAUUCUCUAUAUCUAACUGUUGUUAUUCGCAAGGCUUGUCAAUGAAAAACAAGACCCAUGCUAUGGUUUCACAAGUGUAUAUUUUAUUUAGCAACUCAAUAGCGUAAACUUCAACACUUUCUCUGUAACCCUGAGUAUAUUAGUGAAACAGUGACAGUUAAAUAUGAUUAUAAAGAUUCAAUCUCACGCUUUUGUCUGUUCUUGAGUUCCUAGAGUGCUUCCUGCAGGGAAAGGGAUGUUGUGUCGAAAUCCCCCUGCUCGUUUAGGGUGAUGCCCAUCUCCAUCAACGUUUACCUUUUUUGAGUAUUCAAAUUGCUUCUUUUUCUCUUCCUUCUUGAAUAUUGGGAUGGAUAAGGUUGCUGAAAUGUUUGUGUGUCAACCCCGCGCUGCAAUGCGUGUUUUUCUGAGAGAAUUUCCUCAUCUGAGGCAGCGGGGAUGUCUUUCAUAUAACAUUGGGUGUGGCAAGAGAUGGACGUUCUUGCUGUAUGAUCAUGAUCCAAGAGCUCUGACUGCAGAACCAAGAAUGAGCAUGUAAGCUCGAAUAACGAGAAUGUACAUAAAAAAAGGUUACAUACUACAGCUGUUCUCAGAGGUAUGUGUUCAAUAACGAACAUAAUUCCACAAUUUCACAACUUCCGGUAAAGCAUCGGAAUAGUUGUCUUUGUCUUGUUAAUUGAAAUUUGAUUGAUUCAAAAUUAUGGGGGAAAAAUGGAUGUCACCAAAGCUAUCAAAAAAAAAAUGAUGACUUCAGAUAAUCACAGCAGUCAUCAAAACCCCCAAGUUUUAGACCUCUUAUACCUCAUGGCGGA